AUGAGCAGCUGGUCUCACUCAUCCCAGUCGCUGUCAGAGGAUCGGCCCGCGGCUGUGCUGUGGGGCUGCCAGCUGGGCACGGGCGCCCGGAGCUGCGUGGUGGAGGAGGACGAUGACUUCUUGGAGCACCUGGUGCUGCUGAGAACGGUGAGAGCCGAGCCCUGGCCGGGCCCCGCCGGAGCUCAGGGCGAGUCUCCUGCCACGGGCUCUGUGCUGCAGAUCUGCCUGGGGGCUGACGCCAGGGACGAGCUGCACGUGGUGGCCGUGGAUUCCAAAAACGCCUCCGGGGAGCGCAGGCCGGUGCCCAUCGCGGCGCUGCGGAGCUCCCUGCUCCCCAUGAUCAGCCUCAAUGGCCUGGAGCUCGUCCCUCCCGUCACCUUCGUGCUGCAGUGUGGGGCUGGGCCAGUCUAUCUCAGCGGGCAGCGCGUCACCCUGGACCAUGAUGUCAUGUCUGAAGCCCACAGGGAAGAGCUCUCGGAGAAAGAUGCGGAUGAUGAGGACGAUGACAGAGCUUCAUAG